AUGGCCGCCGUCAAUGUCAAAGCUGCAGCCACCGAUUUCCUUGACUUUGUCAAUGCAUCCCCGACACCCUUCCAUGCUGUCAAGUCCAUCAAGGAACGACUGACCUCGGUGGGGUUCAAGCAGAUCAAGGAAAAAGAGUCCUGGUCCUCGACGUGCCUGCCUGGUGGGAAAUAUUUCCUCACACGAAAUGGAUCGACCAUCGUCGCAUUUGCAAUCGGCAAGAAGUGGAAGCCUGGCAAUCCCAUUUCGAUGGUCGGUGCCCAUACCGAUUCGCCGUGUCUGCGCAUCAAACCCGUGAGCAAGAAACAGGGCGACGGGUUUCUCCAAGUCGGUGUUGAAACAUAUGGAGGGGGGCUAUGGCAUACUUGGUUCGAUCGCGAUUUGGGUGUCGCAGGCAGAGUAAUGGUCAGAGGCAGCGACGGCAACGUUGUUCAAAAGUUGGUUCAUAUCAAGAAACCCAUCCUCCGCAUUCCCACACUCGCUGUCCAUCUCGAUCGACAGGAGACGUUCUCCUUCAACAAAGAAACUCAGCUUUUCCCCAUUGCUGGUCUAGUAGCUGCCGAACUCAAACGGCAGGAUGACAAGAAGAGCAACAGCGACAAGGAAGAGGAAGAGCAAGAUAAACCGUUCACUCCUUUGAAAGCAAUGACAACAAGACAUCACCCUCACAUCGUCGAGGUGAUUGCCGCAGAUGCCGGUGUUUCGGCUGAGGAGAUUAUUGAUUUUGAGAUUGUGCUCUAUGACACUCAAAAGGCAUGCUUGGGAGGUCUCUCGGACGAGUUCAUCUUUUCCGCGAGGCUCGAUAACCUGAACCAAACCUACUGUGCAACGAUGGGCUUGAUCGAUUCGCUAAAAUCUGCGUCGGCGCUCGACGACGAGUCCUCAAUACGCCUCAUUGCAUGUUUCGACCAUGAGGAGAUUGGCAGUAUGACUGCCCAGGGAGCCUUUUCCAUGAUGCUGCCAGCCAUCAUUCGUCGACUCUCUGUCCUGCCAUCCUCAUCAUUUGUGGGAGAGGAUUCGGAAGAAUCUUACGACCACGCCAGCGAUCCAGAGCUGUCCACUGCGUACGAGCAAACUCUCUCAAGCUCAUUCCUGCUCUCGGCAGAUAUGGCUCACUCCGUCAAUCCCAACUAUGGGGCCAAGUAUGAAUCCGACCACCGACCAGAGAUGAAUCAAGGGCCCGUUAUCAAGAUCAAUGCGAAUGCGAGAUACGCCACUAACUCACCCGGUAUAGUACUGCUUCAGGAGGUCGCGCGAAAAGCGGCCAAAGUCAUCGACAGCGAUCCAGAGGGAGUGCCGCUGCAGUUGUUUGUUGUGCGAAACGACUCCAGCUGUGGAAGCACCAUUGGUCCUAUGCUGUCUGCUCAUCUGGGUGCUCGCACGCUCGAUCUUGGGAACCCACAACUUUCGAUGCACAGCUGCCGCGAAACUGGAGGCGCAGAUGAUGUUCAUCAUGCUAUCAGACUGUUCAGCAGCUUUUUCCAGCAUUAUUCUGCUUUGGAGAAGACAAUUCUGGUCGACUAA